CGCGACCGCCCUCGCUGUCCUUCGCAGCGGGCGAGCUGGGCCGCGGGAGUGAGGCCGAGGUCCGGACGGCGCGUCCCAGAGCGGAGUCCGCCGCGCGCCGCCGCCAUGCCGGACAGCUGGGACGAGGACGUGUACCCCGAGCCCCCGCGCCGCACGCCGGCGCCCUCGCCGCGGACCUCGCUGCCCAACCCCAUCACCUACUUGAGCAAGGCCUUCGACCUCCUUGUGGACCGGCCCGUGACCCUCGUGAGAGAGUUUAUAGAGCAGCAGCACGCAAAGAACAGGUAUUACUACUACCACCGGCAGUUCCGCCGUGUGCCGGACAUCACCGAGUGCAAGGAGAAGGACGUCUUGUGCAUGUUUGAGGCAGAAAUGCAGUGGAGGAGGGACUACAAAGUUGACCAAGAAAUAGUCAACAUCAUCCAGGAGAGAAUGAAGGCCUGCCAGCAGAGGGAGGGCGAGAGCUACCAGCAGAACUGUGCCAAGGAGCUGGAGCAGUUCACCCAGGUGGCCAAGGCCUACCACGACCGCUAUCAUGACCUGGGUGCCCACUAUUCUGCCAGGAAGUGCCUGGCAAAACAGAAGCAGAGGAUGCUGGCAGAGAGGAAGGCUGCUAAGGAGGCUGCCGCUGCCUGAGGCAGCUCAGAGAGCCGUUCCUGGUAACAUUCAGUGUAUUCCUCAAAUAAAGAAUAAAACCUG